AUGACUCCUUUUCUUCUCUCCCUAUCCUGACUGCAAAAGCAGAGCUUUGAGCCCUAGAAACCUUUCUAGGGUCCGCUCGUGCUUGCAUUCCGUUAUCGAUUUUGUCGCAAUUGCUCUGAGCCACAGGUCGAGGGUUUACUUCUCCAUCAUUAAUGGCUUCUACUCUUCCAUGGCAAUGGGUCCUCGAAAGCCUAGCUGAAGUUCAAGAAGUUGGAACUCCAAUUCUUAGAGCGUUGAUAUCUAGGAUUCCUGAUCGGAACUUAGGCGAUACAGUUAGAGAAAAGGUUGCCCUGAAAUACUUGGACGAGUACUUGGCUUGUAUUUCAGACUGCUCAGAUUCCCUGGGAGAUUCUUGUGCUUCGAAUGAACGUGCCUUUCAUCCUUCUGAGCGAUGUGAAAAUGUUGUUCUUCGCAUAUGCAAAGAGUUGGGAACAUUGGAAAAACAUGGUGCAGAAUUAUUGAAACGUGAUCUAGCGCAAUUUAUUCACGAAAAGAGAGCUUGUCUUCCAAAAUCUGGUCUUGAUCGGCUGAAGGACACUGUUCUCAAAGGCCAUCAUCCAGCUAGCUCAUCCCUGCAAAAAAGAUGUGGUUUAGUCAAUGAGGAUCAUUUACAUCGUUCAAACGUCAUCAUUGGUGAAGCUCUUGAAAGUCGAGGCGAAAUGGGUGAUGAAGAUCAUCAAGAUGAGCCUCUAAAUCUUAGAGAGCAGGCUUCUAGCCCAUGUUUGAAGGAAGCCAUAGAUAGCGAUCGUGUCGUCAAUUUAUCUAGCAGCUUUGCUAAUGACUUUGAAGCGGAAAUUCCUGAGUUCAGUGAACACUUGGGGCCCACCCUUAUCAAUGGAGGUUCUAAACCAGAAACCUGCAAGCCCCAUGAACGAAUUGGACCCAACCAUGUCAAUGGGAAUUCUGAUAAGUUCAUGGAACACAAGGGAACCAACCCUGAACAAGAAACCCACAAGGCCGAUGAAGACCUCGAACUCAACCAUGCCAAUGGGGAUUCUGAACCAGUAACCCAUAAAACUGAUGAACAAAUGCCAUUAACCUGUGUUCACGAGGAUUUUAGCUAUCGGAAUCCAGUUGAUCUACUUUCUUUGGGAACUGAUUUCAGUGAACAAAGAUCCUGUUUGAAAUGUAGUGAGGGUGGUGACAUGUUGGUUUGUGGUGAUUGCUCGGUACCGGUACACGAGAAGUGUUUGGGCACAUCUGUUGAUAUCAAUUGUGAAGGGAUUUUUUACUGCCCGCAUUGCUCAUACAGACGAGCUACAUCUGCAUAUAAAGAAGCAAGGGAAAAUGCUAAAAAAGCCAAGGAAAAGGUGACCCAUGCUAGAAGUGCUUUAGCUGCUUAUAUGGGAAAUCAGAAACCUCCUGUUGGGCUUUCAAUGAAAGAAACUCAAGCAAGUGUCGAAGCUCGUAUUGGUUACUCUAAGAAGGGUUAUGAAGGUUCUCUAAUGGCUCUAAAUCACACAAGUAAUGAGAAUUUAAGAGUAGCAGCUGAUGCUGAUUCCACUGAGAAGAGUCAUGAAGGUUCUUUUAUCGCACCAAAAAACAGGAGUAAUGUUGAAAAGUUGCCUUGUGAAGGAGCUGAACGAUCGCACUCUGAUGAUGGGCGCGAUGUUCUCCCUAAAAAUGGUGAAGGGGAUAUAGUAGGUGUUCUUAAUAAAAAUGGGGACAGCAGUGUAGUUGGUGUACCACGUGAAAGUGAUGAAAUGGAUGUUAAUGAAUGUGGUGUUUCCUUUAAAAAGGGCGAAAGAGAGGCAGAUAUUGUAUAUGUUCCCCCUCAAAAUGGGGAGAAUGAUGCAAAUGUAGAUGGUGUUUCCCCAAAAACUAUCGAAAGGGAUGAAGAUGUAAUUGAUAGCCCCCCUAGAGAUGGCGAAAGGGAUGACGAUUGUGUGCCUAUCCCUCUUGGUCAGCAGGAGCCUCAUGUCCAACCUGAUAAAGAACCCAGACCAAUCAAGAAAAGAAAACGCAAAAUGUCCCCCAAAAGUCAUGCGGAAAAUGAAGAUCAAGAGCCGCAAUCUGGUGGCUCGGGCAAACGUGUUUUGAAACAGCGUAGUCCUCCCAAGCGUUACACGGAACGCAUUUUCCCUUAUAUAAGGCGUAAUAAACUUCCUUGGACUGCAGAGGAGGAAGAAGUUUUGGAGGAGGGGGUAAACAAAUUUGCAGAGGUUGGGGCAAAGUGCAUUCCAUGGAGAAGGAUCUUAGAUUUUGGUAGGCAUACAUUUGACAAGACUCGAACGCCUGUGGAUCUCAAGGAUAAAUGGAGGAAUAUAAUGAAAAGGAGGUAGAAGAAUCAGCUUUUAGAAGGCUAAGCUAAAGUUGAUUAGUGACUUUGACAUCAAUGUUAGUUUAUUUAGCUUCUUCCACUAACAAUGUUGUAAGCAGCUAUGUAAAUUUAACCUUGCGUAGUAUAUAGAGUGAUCCUAGCUGUAUAUAUAUCAAGGUGGAUAGUCUGAAUAUUUGCCUGACUGGGGCUUUCAGUUAAAAAGUCUGUAUAAUUUGAGUUCAAAUAGUGAAUGUGAUUCAAAUGCUUUGGCAUGG